GUCCUUUUUCAUAUCUUGAGACAUCGUUUACAAUCACCUAUCAUAUAAGCGAACAUGACUACAUCAAUCCGAUCGCAGAGAUUGCUCCAGCAGCUCUCUCUCUCCGGGCCCACGACGAGACCGCGCACCGCAAGCGCUGUUCGCGGAGCAUGCAUCGCCUGUCAACUGCGAUUCCAAACGCAGAGCGCCAGCAGACCUACAUCCUCCCUCCAUAAGACCCAGCACACCACGCUUCCUCUGCAGCGUCGUUUUGCCACGACAUCACCCACGCACAAUGAUAGCGACGAAGGCCCGGAAAGCCGCGGCGUCGCGCCGGACAUCACAAACCACUACACAAUCUUCCGGCAAACGCUCCCCAACGGACCCCCACCGGGGUCACCAUUCGACAUCUCGCUGGGCGACCUACGGCGCGAGUUCCUCCAACUCCAGAACGUCAGCCACCCGGACAAGUACGCGCCGGGGAUGGCGAAGCGCCGCGCAGAGGCCUUUUCGACGCUGAUCAACGAGGCGUACCGCACGCUGGCGGACCCGCUGCUGCGCGCGCAGUACCUCCUCCGCGAGAUGCACGGCAUCGACGUCACGGCGGAGGACGGGGCGGCGAAGCAUGCGCUCGACCCGCAGACGCUGAUGGAGGUGAUGGAGGUGCAGGAGACGAUUGAGGAGGUGAGCGGGGAUCCGGACGCGGAGGCCAAGAUUGCGGAGCUGAAGAAGGAGAAUGCCGUGCGCGUGGAGACCGGGGUCAGGGCGCUGGCGGGGGCGUUUGAUCGUGGGGAUAUCGAGACGGCGAGGUCGGAGUGCGUGCGCUUGCGGUUUUGGUAUAAUGUUGGAGAGGCGCUGAAGGAGUGGGAGCCGGGGAUGACGGAGUUGAGGCUGGUUCAUUGAUUUGGGCAGAGGGGGAUAAAUAUAGGGGCUUAACGUUGUUUGGUAUGAGGGAUUGAUAUAGAGUAUAUUAGAAAUCAUGCAUGAUGUGACUAAUCCCAUAGAACGACUACUGGAACGUUCGCCUAAACUGCCGGUAGUAUACAAAUAAUUAUGCCCGAUCACUCUUUGCCUGAACGAAAAUGUCUAUCGGGGUUGAAUGGAUAGCAGGAACGAUUCAGCCAUUUCUCUGGCCUCCUUAGUUUCCUUUCUUGGCACAUACCAGAACUUGACCUCGGCGCCAGUCCUUUCAAGUUUUUCGAUAUGCUCGCAAAGAUCCUUGACAAGAUGGAAAAACUUGCGGCCGGAUUUGGGGAGAUUCCAGUUAUUGUUUCUCCAUGUCGGCAUCGACUCGGUCAAUGCUUGCCUCAGCCCUGAUGAACUGAAUUUGAUUACUAACCGAGCAAACAUUUGGCCAUCUCUAAGGAAUUCCCGUGAUAUGAUGGCGUCGUCCAAUGC